AUGGCGGUUCCUGUAGAGGAAGCAAUCGCAGCCCUUUCCACAUUCUCGUUAGAGGAUGAGCAACCAGAAGUCCAAGGACCGGCUGUGAUGGUUUCAGCCGAAAGAGCAGCAACCGAUAGUCCCAUCGAGUAUAGUGAUGUUGCGGCAUACCGGCUGUCUCUAUCAGAAGACACAAAAGCUCUUAACCAGCUGAAUACGCUUAUACAAGAAGGAAAAGAGAUGGCGUCAAUUCUAUACACGUAUAGAAGUUGCGUCAAAGCUCUGCCUCAGCUUCCCGAUUCUAUGAAGCAUAGUCAAGCAGAUCUGUAUCUAGAAACAUAUCAAGUUUUGGACUUAGAAAUGAGUCGUUUGCGGGAAAUUCAGAGAUGGCAAACGUCCGCUUCAGCUAAAUUAGCUGCUGAUAUGCAGCGGUUUUCCAGACCUGAACGGCGGAUCAAUGGCCCCACAGUUACGCAUCUCUGGUCAAUGCUAAAGUUGCUUGAUGUCUUGGUUCAGCUUGAUCAUCUGAAAAAUGCUAAAGCUAGCAUUCCUAAUGAUUUCUCUUGGUAUAAAAGAACAUUCACUCAAGUCAGUGCCCAGUGGCAAGAUACGGAUACAAUGAGAGAAGAAUUAGAUGACUUGCAGAUUUUCCUGAGCACAAGAUGGGCUAUUUUGCUCAACUUGCAUGUUGAGAUGUUUCGUGUGAACAACGUGGAAGACAUUCUCCAAGUUCUCAUAGUCUUCAUCGUUGAGUCUCUGGAACUGGAUUUCGCGCUCCUUUUUCCUGAGCGGUAUAUUCUUCUCCGGGUCUUGCCCGUUCUUGUUGUCUUAGCAACACCGUCUGAGAAAGAUACCGAGGCUUUAUACAAGAGGGUAAAGCUCAACAGACUGAUCAACAUCUUCAAGAAUGAUCCUGUCAUUCCUGCGUUUCCAGAUCUCCAUCUUUCUCCUGCUGCAAUUUUGAAAGAACUGUCUGUAUACUUUCAAAAGUUUUCGUCGCAGACUCGCCUUCUGACUCUUCCAGCACCUCAUGAGCUCCCUCCACGUGAAGCUCUGGAAUAUCCUUUGAUAUGUAGGCACUAUUUGAUAGUUAACCACAUUGGAGCCCUCCGUGCUGAGCACGACGAUUUCACAAUCCGAUUUGCUUCAUCCAUGAAUCAGUUAUUGCUCUUGAAGUCAAAUGAUGGAGCAUAUACUGAAUGGUGCAGAGAGGUCAAAGGGAACAUGUACGAUAUGGUUGUUGAAGGUUUCCAACUGUUAAGCAGAUGGACUGCUCGCAUUUGGGAGCAAUGUGCUUGGAAAUUCUCUCGCCCGUGUAAGGAUGCAACAGAGACACAAGAAGCCUCCGGAUCGUAUUCUGAUUACGAGAAGGUGGUGAGGUACAAUUAUACUGCAGAAGAAAGGAAAGCCUUGGUAGAACUUGUUGGCUAUAUAAAGAGUGUAGGAUCGAUGCUGCAGCGGUGCGACACAUUAGUUGCAGAUGCUUUGUGGGAGACAAUACAUGCUGAAGUUCAAGAUUUUGUACAAAACACAUUAGCUACAAUGCUGCGUACCACCUUCCGAAAGAAGAAAGAUCUCUCGAGGAUUCUUUCAGAUAUGCGGACACUUUCAGCUGACUGGAUGGCAAAUACCAGGCCCGAACAUGAGAUGCCAUCUUCACAACAUGGAGGUGAUGAGAGCAAAGGGAACUUCUUUUAUCCGAGGCCAGUUGCCCCAACAGCAGCACAGGUGCAUUGCUUGCAGUUUUUGAUAUAUGAGGUUGUCUCUGGUGGGAAUCUGAGGAGGCCAGGGGGAUUCUUUGGAAAUAAUGGCUCUGAGAUUCCUGUUAAUGACUUAAAGCAAUUGGAGACUUUCUUUUACAAACUCAGCUUUUUCCUGCAUAUAUUGGAUUAUUCUGCAAGUAUUGGAAUAUUGACUGAUCUCGGGUUCGUGUGGUUUAGAGAAUUUUACCUGGAGUCUUCACGUGUUAUUCAGUUCCCGAUUGAAUGUUCACUACCAUGGAUGUUGAUAGACUACAUUCUUGAAGCCCAGAAUUCAGGCCUUCUUGAGAGUGUUCUGCUGCCUUUUGAUAUUUAUAAUGAUUCAGCUCAACAAGCUCUGGUUGUUCUGCGGCAGAGAUUCCUCUAUGAUGAAAUUGAGGCUGAGGUGGACCAUGGUUUUGAUAUAUUUGUUUCAAGACUCUCCGAGUCUAUAUUCACAUACUACAAGAGUUGGUCCGCAAGUGAGCUUCUUGAUCCAUCAUUUCUUUUUGCCUUGGACAAUGGUGAAAAGUUCUCCAUCCCGCCUGUGAGGUUUACUGCGUUAUUUAAGAUGACAAAAGUGAAGCUACUUGGGAGAACAAUUAAUCUAAGAAGCCUGAUCGCUCAAAGGAUGAACAAAAUCUUUAGAGAGAAUCUAGAGUUUCUCUUUGACCGUUUUGAGUCACAGGACCUAUGCGCUGUAGUGGAACUGGAGAAGCUUAUUGACAUCCUAAAGCACUCGCAUGAAUUGCUUUCACAAGACCUCUCCAUAGAUCCUUUCAGCAUAAUGUUGAAUGAAAUGCAAGAAAACAUUUCUCUCGUCUCAUUUUCCAGUCGACUCGCUACACAGAUUUGGUCAGAAAUGCAGAGUGACUUCCUACCAAACUUCAUUCUUUGCAAUACCACACAGCGGUUUGUUCGAUCAUCCAAAGUUCCUCCUACUCAGAAACCAUCAGUUCCUUCUGCUAAGCCUAGUUUCUACUGUGGCACUCAAGACUUAAAUGCAGCGCAUCAAAGUUUUGCACGAUUGCAUAGUGGAUUCUUCGGAACACCACAUUUAUUUUCAAUAGUGAAACUUCUUGGAUCCAGAUCAUUGCCUUGGCUUAUAAGAGCUUUGCUGGAUCACAUAUCGAAUAAGAUAACAACACUCGAGCCAAUGAUCUCUGGAUUGCAAGAAGCGUUGCCAAAGUCGAUUGGAUUGCUUUCUUUUGAUGGUGGUGUCACAGGUUGUAUGAGGCUUAUCAGAGAACAACUAAACUGGGGCACAAAGUCAGAACUCAAAACAGAAGUUUUACGAGGAAUAAAGGAAAUUGGAAGUGUGAUAUAUACAAUGGGACUUCUCGAUAUCGUAUUGAGAGAGGUAGACACAAAGCGUUUCAUGCAAACAGCUCCAUGGCUAGGAUUAGUUCCAGGCGCUGAAGGACAGAUAGUUAAUGCUCAAGACGGCGAAAGCCCUCUUGUCAAUCUCUUGAAAUCAGCAACUUCUGCGGUUGUGUCAGAACCUGGUUGUCUUAAUCCAGCAGCGUUCUACACCAUGUCCAAACAGGCAGAAGCUGCGGAUCUUUUGUAUAAGGCAAACAUGAACGGUGGAAGCGUUCUUGAAUACACACUUGCAUUCACAAGUGCGUCGCUCGACAAAUAUUGCAGUAAAUGGAGUGCUCCGCCGAAGACAGGCUUCAUCGACAUUACAACUUCAAAGGACUUCUACCGCAUUUACGGUGGUCUUCAGAUCGCAUAUCUGGAGGAGACAACAGUUCAACAACAAGCUCAGCAAGAAGUCCUCGGUGAUUCAAUAGCUUGGGGAGGUUGCACCAUCAUAUAUUUGCUCGGACAGCAACUUCACUUUGAGCUUUUUGAUUUCUCGUACCAAGUACUCAAUGUCUCUGAGGUUGAAACUGUGUCUGCUUCACAUACUCAUCGGAAUCCUCAAGUUCUGCAGGGAUGGGAAGGUUUGUUGGAAGGGAUGAAGAAAGCUCGAAGGCUGAACAACCAUGUCUUCUCCAUGCUUAAAGCUCGUUGUCCUCUUGAAGACAAAACGGCUUGUGCCAUCAAACAGAGCGGAGCACCGUUGCCACGUGUCAGGUUUGAGAAUACUGUGUCUGCGUUUGAGACUCUGCCACAAAAAGGGAGAGAGAUUUUAGGGUUUUUGGGUAUCUCGCGAGGUUUUACAGAGAUUUCCAAUACGGAUUCGAUGGCGACUCAAACGACUGUUUUGGCUGUGACGGAUGAUGUGGUGUUUCCGAUUAGCUCUGUUCUAACUCUAAUGAAAGAGCUCGGAAAGUUUGGAACUGAAAGUUGUGAUCCUCUGAUUAUAACUCAAGCAUCCACAAUAAACCAGUUUCCUUUGGAUUCAUCCUCGGUGGACGCAGUUUUAGCUGUUUCCAGAACAUCUGAUUUUCCCAGUGAUAAAAUCUAUGGUGAGCUUUCAAGAAUGUUGAAGCCAGGUGGCUCUGUUUUCGUGUGCACGAAUUUGGAGGGUGAAACUGGAGAACCGCAACAGAACCUUCAAAGGAGAGUGACGUUGGCUGGUUUUCUGGAGCCACAGUCUCUUGAUUUGAAAUCAGUUGUGUUAUCUAGGUUCAGCUUAUCCUUUGGGAUUAAGGCAAAGAAGCCUUCAUGGAAGAUUGGUUCAUCUUUUGCUCUCAAAAAGCCUGCAAAGGCUUUCUUGAAGGUUAAUCUAGACGAUGACUUGGAUCUUAUAGAUGAAGAUUCUCUUUUGACAGAGGAGGACUUGAAGAAGCCACAACUUCCUGUUGCCAGCGGUUGUGAGACCACUAAAAAAGCUUGCAAGAACUGCGUCUGUGGUAGAGCGGAAAUAGAGGAGAAAGCUGUGAAGCUGGGCCUGACAGAGGAUCAAAUCGAGAAUCCACAGUCAUCAUGUGGCAGUUGUGGACUCGGUGACGCCUUCCGCUGCGGUACAUGCCCUUACAAGGGUCUCCCAGCCUUCAAACUAGGCGAGAAGGUAUCCCUCUCAAAAAACUUCCUUGACGCUGACAUAUAA